UCCUCUGCCCCCAAUCAUUCAUUCUAUCAUCCUUCGUACCCCCUUGCUAUUUCUCUCUAUCUCUCUCUACCUCUUUCUCUCUCUAGUUUUUGUUUCGGGAAUUUGGGAUAUUUAUAUUAUACUAUUUGUUAUUUCUCGACUAUGUGCUGUUGCUAUUUGCCUUGAAUCAUCGAGCUGAACCUUGGAUUUGGUUUGGAUACUCUAGUGCUUCCUCUCUGUUUUGAUUCCUAUCCUAAUUGUGGAAUUGAAGAAUUUUGAAAUGGCUCGUUCGAAUGUGCCAAAAUUCGGCAACUGGGAAAACGAGGACAAUGUUCCCUACACGGUGUACUUCGAGAAGGCAAGAAAGAAUCGAGGAGGGGGGAAGAUGACAAAUCCUAAUGAUCCUCAAGAGAAUCAAGAAGUGUUCGACGUACCUCCUCGAUCCAAACCGAACGAGCCGGUGGGGAGGGGAGCUGCGGAGCGAGUGGCUGAACAACGAGGGGGUAGUAAGGGUGAUGGUGAUCUUAUACAUCCGAAUAAGUCUCCGGCUCGUGUGGAAAACACGGUUCAGAAAACUGGUAAUGAGUUGAACUAUGGUGCGCCCCGUGGACAGAGGCCAGCCCGACCUGCAAGGACCAGCGGCGGCUCCGACAGCAUGGAGCGUUCGCCGCUCCACCCGCGUUACCCGGCUAAAGUGAUGGGGGUGGGAAGCGCGUCUCCCACUCCCACUUCUUGGGAUGGGAGGAACUAUGAAAGUGUUCGUGGCGAUCAGGGAAGAUCCCGGCCUAAGCCGGUUGCUCGAGGAGAUGAAAGUCCUGAUGCUAGUGCUGCAGUUCCGAAAUUCGGGGAAUGGGAUGAAAACGAUCCGAGCUCGGCAGAACAGUUUACGGGGAUUUUUGACAAAGUAAGGGAGGAGAGGCAUUCUAGCCACAACAAUGUUUCCGGCGGAACUCCGAGGCAUUCUUCCCAUAACCGCGGCCAACAGGCCGCCAAACAGCCUAAAUGCUGCUUUCUUUGAGAUGAGAUGAGAUGAGACGAGACGUGUGUUUGUUUCUUUCCCAAUUGGGUGAGACCUCCUCCUGCUGUCAGUGUUUCAAAAGAACAUGGUAAGUAGCUUUGAAAGAGCUAUUUCUGUGUGUCAUUAUUUCAGUUUUGAUUCUACCUUAUCCAUGUUGUUGCUGUCUCUUUUCACAAUAAACCAAUGUUUGCUUUUAAUUAUUAUUUUUUUCUAUAUUUGUAGUAUUUCUUUAGAGGUUUCUGAUCUGGGUUUUGGUCUAUCUUUUUUUCUUUUUUCAUUAUUUAUUGUAAUGUUUGUGUAGUGUAGAUAGACAGACUGUCAUCAACCUAUGGGAGAUUUAUUUUGCUGA